UGUCAUAUUGAGGUUAGAAAUCAAUCAAGUCAAGAGCAAUGGAUUGAAAUUUAAAAAUCCAACAAAAUUUUCAAUCGAUUUUUUAAAAGAAUCUUAAUCAUGUUUGUGAAUUGUACAUGAACUAAAAAUAUCAUAAGAAAAAUGUCUUCGAAUCUGGAAGUUGAGCCAGGUGCAGCCUCCGAGAGUGUCCUUGUUACCACCGACUCUUUUGAGAAUUUUGAUCACAUGAGCUCGAGCCUCGAGGAAAUAAAGAACUUAAACGCAUUUGCAGAAAAUGAUGAAUCAAAUGUGGAAAACAGUAAUGUGGAAAAUUUUGAUGACAUCAGUGAGAACCUUUCUAUUAACAACGACGAGGAUGAUUUUGUGCAAUCCAAGGAGUGGGCUUGUAGGAAGAAACAUGUCUUUGUACUUAGUUUAGCUGGAAAACCUAUCUAUUCAAGAUAUGGAAACGAAGAUAAACUUGCUUGGUUGUUUGGUGUUAUGCAAACAUUGGUUAGUUUUGUGCAAUCAAAUGAGGACACUAUUAAAAGCAUCCAUGCCGGAGACACAAAGUUUGUUUUUUUAAUUAAGAAACCGUUGAUUUUAGUAGCAGUUUCAAGAUCACAGGAAAGCGUUAAUCAACUAUAUUCCCAAUUAAACUAUGUAUUUAACCAAAUAGCCAGUGUCUUAACUUUAACAAGACUUAAUAAAAUUUAUGAGCAGCGCCAGAAUUAUGACCUAAGACGACUUCUAACAGGUGUUGAGAGACUUAUAGAUCAUUUAUUAGAUUUCUCAGAGAAGGAGCCUUCAUUCACUUUAGGAGCAGUACAAUGUUUAUCACUUGCCUCAUCUGUAAGAGACAACAUCAGCUCAGCUAUUGUAGGAGCUUGCAGCAAAAUUAAAAAUCUAGUUUUUGCCAUACUACUCGCUAAUAAUAAACUUAUCACUCUAGUCCGUAUGAAAAAAUAUUGCCUUCACCCGGCUGAUCUUCAUUUAAUAUUCAACUUAGUCCAAGCUUCGGAAAGUCUUAAAACGGCGGAAAGUUGGACACCUUUAUGUCUUCCACGAUUCGACGCUAGUGGUUUUUUAUAUGGCCAUGUAUCCUAUUUAGCUGAAGAUUGUCAAGCUUGUUUACUUCUGCUAACAGUAGAGAGAGACGUAUUUUUUGCUCUAAGUGAAGCAAAACAACGUAUAGUAGAAAAACUACGACGUAGCAACUGUUUAGAAGCAAUUAACGAAUCGUUAAGUACAAAAGAAGAAACUUGCAUUGUUGCUGGUUUUCCAGAACUUAGGCACUAUUUGUAUAAAUGUAAAAGUACAGCACAGUUUUAUCAACCAAGCUUAAGUCCACCAUACACCAAAUAUAGUAACAGAUUAACAAAUUUAUAUAAACGGGCGCAUAACUUGUUGCAUUGUUCAACAAGACCAUUGAAGUUGUUAUUUGAGAAAUAUUCAGAUGAAGCUAUUUUGGCAUGGGAUACACGAGGAUUUGAACUUUAUGUGGUUUUCGAGCCUCUGAUUGAUACAAACAGUGCUAUUAAUUCAGUAGGACGGCUACUAAACUGGAUUAAGAAACGAGAAGAAAAGUUAUUUCAUCUCAAUGCACCCACUUUUUAAGUUUCCAUUUAAAGUAAUUUGUAUAUAUUAUAAAUAUGUAAAUUUCCUGGUAAUCUAAAGGUAUAGGCUUAAUCUGUGAUAUUCACAAUCCUAAACUUGUUGAUGUAUUUAAUUAUUGAUUGUAUAAAACAAUAUAUCGAAACAUUA